UAGUUGCUCAUGAAUAUUUAUGAGUUUCACAAGAUGGCGGCGACUGUUUUGGUUGUGGUGUUGCUUGUAGCUCACCACUUUCCAAUAGCUGGCGGAUCGUCGCAUUGGGUCGUCACCGAAGAAGGCCUAGUUCGGGCUCAGGCUGACACUGUUUUUAACCUACGGCGACCUUAUGACCUGGUGGCUUUCAUGAGGCAGGAUGAGAGGACAGAGAUGCUGGAAGGUCUCAAAGCAGAGUUACUGACGAGAAAAGAUGAGAUUGACAGAAAUGAGGACCGAGAUACUGGUUUGGAACAGAGGUUUUACAAAACAGAUGCAGACUGUCUAAAAGCAGGCAAACCAUUGCCAGAGUUUGACCUCUAUAUAAGUACAGUACUUCCACUAGAGAACAAAGGCAUCAGACCAGAGGAACAUAUAGAUGUAAACCAGCCUCUCCACAGCAUACAUUCACCACCCGACUGUACCCUAUUCUCAGAGCUUGACUACAGUAUACAUGCCUUCGAACAUUUAGAGGGGAUGAAAGUGAGGGAUAUGUUGUCGGGAACACCUGAGCUAGGCCUGAAGAAUGCCAUCACUUACCAGGAUGAUGUUGACCAAUAUGGUAGUAGGGUGUACCAUGCCCUGCUCAAGAAUGACACAUCUUGGGUAUUGUAUAACAUGGCUGCAUUUUAUUGGAGGAUAAAAGGUGAUCCUUAUCAGGUGAUUGAGUGUGUGAGACGUGCUCUACACUACUCACCCAGACACCAGAAGGAUGUUGCCCUAAUUAGUUUAGCCAAUGUUCUACAUCGGGCACGAUAUUCCAAUGAGGCGGCUAUUGUUGUCCACGCAGCCCUAGACAUCUCCAAAGAACGAAAUGUUAACCACUUCACACUGGGAAACAUCUAUGCUGUACUGGCAGAGUACAAUAAAUCUGUGAUCUGCUUCGAAAAUACUCUCAAGAUUCAACCGGACUUUGAGGCAGCCGCAAAACGUAAACAUGCUGUUCACUGCCACGCUAAACUGGAAAAUGCUUUAGAAGCCCAACACAGAUCACUCCAAAGGACACUGAAUGAUUUAAAGGACUAUCAGAAGAAACAUGAUUUCUGGCAAAAUCAAAAUGAAAAACUUUUAUCAGAACAGGUGUCAAAUGAAGUCAAACUUCUGCAGCACAAAGCCUUUGAAUCAUACAAAAUACGCGACUCUACUAUAGAUAUAGGUGAAUACUGUCGGAUGGUGGACCGAGAUGGAAAGCAGGUACUUAUGUGUACCUGGGGAAAGAAGGCCUCCAUUGUUGAAUACUACGAGAUACAGGAGGAGAUUGUGGAUUCAACAUCUCCAAAGGAUGGCAAACAGCUCACUAACACGUGGGACGAGAGACCUCAAACAACCGACUACUCCAAACCUGUACGUGAUCCUCUAUUUACCAAGGAUGGACGUGACAAAGAGGCAACUGUUAAAACGCCCCUGCUGGAUGAUGAUUGGCCCAGUAAGGAGGAAUGUGACACUCAUGUACAGAAAGUCCCAGAUCCCCGCAAUCUUUCUAUGAUUUACCUCUCACCAGAAAACAAAGGCUUUGAGGUAAAGGCAUUGUUGACAGAGGCUCAGAACUUGACGCCCGGUGAUGAGCACCCAUUACCUUGGUACCCUCCAGUAUGUGUGCCACUGGAGGAGAUCCCAGAGGGCAGUUCAAAGAGUUACGACCACAUAAAAUCUGUCAGCAGAGAAGAACGUACCAGGAUGCCACUGAAAAUGGCUGACAAGUCUAUCCGCCAGACACUGUUAAACCAUGUGAAUGAGGGAGUGGUAACAGAGGAGGAAGUCGGCCAGAGGAUACUCACUGCUCUCAAAAAGAAUGUUGGUCCCAAAUGGAUAUUAUAUAACCUGGCAGGGAUGUACUGGCGUAUCAUAGGUAACAACUACCAUGGUAUCGAGUGUAUCCGACGAUCUCUCGUCUAUGUUCCUGACAAAUACAAGGAUGUACCUCUUGUCAACCUUGCCAAUAUCCUCUACCGGUGGGGACGCUACGAUGAUGCUGUAAAAGUCAUGCGGGAUGCUCUCAAUAUCAGCGACAUUGAACCUGCAUCCCAUUUUUUCUUCGGCAAUGUGUUGUGGGCGUCAAAGAAUUAUACUGGAGCUGUGAAGCAUUAUCAGAUCUCGCUGGAGAUUCUCCCUGACAACCCUGAGGUGGUCAGUACCUUGCGUGCCAUCAAGUGUUUCCAGCGGUACCACCAGGCUACACAAUCUGUGGCUCCACAGGAAACAGCACCACCAGUUCCCACCGCCAACUGUCAGCCCCGGCCAGCUGCUAUGGGAAAGGGAAAAGAGACAGAGAGCAGAGUUAUUUGCAAAAGGGAGAAUGGCGAGGAGAAGUGUGUGAUCGAGACGCGGAGUCGCAGUAAGUCUGGGGAGUGUAAUGGUCACUGUACUCAGACCUGCACCGUCACUCCCAUCAAACUGGACAGUUGUGCUGGGGACAUCCAUUCAUCAGAACUACCUGCUUUGAAUGGAGAUGGAGGACAAUGUCCAUCUGCUAAGACCCAGGUGUCUAACGGAGGGCCAGAUGAACCUACAUUUGGUAGUGACUUCAGCACCAAGUUGGACGAGAUCAGCGAGUACUAUCUGACCAAAGGUGUUUGUCAGGGUGAGGAGUGUAGCCAGCUCCGAGUCCAGGAAGGAGGACAGAAACCACAUAUAAAGUUGGAUUUUAUUAAUGGAGUUUUACACCAGAAGCUUAUCUUUGUCUCAUCCCCUAAUGAACUACAUGUAGAACCUGAUGAAUGUGUGAUAUUUAAUGAUGGUUCCAAGUCCAGUGGAUGUAACCAGGCCGAGUAUCGCGCCUAUCUUGAAGAAUUUGACUUUAGUAAGGAGGAUUUUGACCAGAUACAAAUGGUAUUUAUUGAACACCGGUCUGGCACUGACCAACCCUGUAUACGUAGUAAACCUGAUCCACCCCAUCAGAGCUCACAGGAUGAGAGCCAGUCUCAGUUGGAGAAACUUCCUCCCUUGGAGCCAGAGGGACCCCCAGCUCAGGAGUAUGUCGGCGAAAAUUCUCGUUACGGUAGUCCCAGAAUCCCUCAGCUGAAUGAUGGAAAGUCUAUUAUUGAAGAUGAUUGGUUUCCAGAUAGUGAACUGCCAGACACCAGUGUGCAUGUGACUAUGAGGUACACUCUGCGACCUCCGACCCUGCGUGAUUGUAAAGAUGUCAAGGACAUCAACUUUAAGGAGUUCACAAGUACCUGGCUAUCAGUCUCCGCAAAAGGAAUUGACCUGAGGAAGCACAUUGACUUUGAGACAGUGAUCAAGCGAGACUUUGAGGAGCCAUAUUGUAUUACAGAUGUGAACAGUCAGCUAGAUCUUGAUAGUCUGCCGGGCAUCACACACAGCGAGACACUCAAUUACUUUGCUGAAACGGGCCUCAAGGAGGUCCUCCACAAGCUUGGUGGGGAGUCCCAGCCUGUAGGUGUUGUAGGCACAAGGAUUGCUCAUGCCUUGAAGAAGAACUCGACUUCAUGGGUCCUGACCAAUGUGGCUGCCCUUUACUGGAGGGUGGAGGGUGAUGCCAAGAGGGCCAUACAGUGUCUCCGCCUGUCUCUUACCACUGCCCCAACAGAGGUCAAGGAUACUUCCCUUGUCAGUAUAGCCAAUGUCCUUCACCGAGCCGGCUACAUCAAUGAUGCCAUCGUAGCUACAGAUCUGGCCCUGCAUAUUUCCAAACGACUUGUUGUUAGCCAUUUUACAAUGGCCAACCUGUAUGCUGCUAAAGAACAAUGGGAGCAGGCAAAAAUGUUCUAUGAGUCGACUCUGGGCCUUCAAACCUCCUUUGAACCAGCCAAACAACGCCUGAAAACUAUAAUGUGUAAAAUACUCAAAUCAUAACCUAUGGAUUAACAUUAAAUAUUUUCCAUUCUCUUUACAAUCUUAUAAACUUUUGUUAUCAGAAAGUCCUACCACUACAGAUAUAGCAAUAUUUCCCAUUCUCUUUACAGUCACUUAAGUGGCCAAGCAUACAUGGAACCAAGGUGACAGCUAUAAUGUUUUACUCCUAGCAUUUUAAUGAGGAGCUAGAAUGUUUCUCAAAAAGCUAACAAUUUACUGUAAACAUACAAUAUUUGGCGCACUCAAAUUUUAGCGCAUUUCUAAAUUUUAGAUUUGUAUUGUAGACCAACCUAAUGUAUUCAGUUUCUAUCUUCAUCCUUUAAAGAAUUGCCUUUAGAUCUGGUAUUGUAGCUUAUUUUUAAUAGACAAAUUUCAUAUGUUCCUGUCGAUCAAAAUGAAGACUUAAGGGAACGAUACAUUCUUAUUAGUAACAGUCAUUCAGUUUUGGCUCAUCAUGUUUCAUUAACUUGAUAAGUUCAUCCAGAAAGUGGAGGGUCGGAGAACAAACUGCUUGCUGGCGUAAGACCUAAAUUAUGGUAACAGGGUACCUCAAGUAAUGAGGACAGUUCAACUACCUCCAGUCAAAAGCUGACCACUUAUAGGUCAAGUUAACUGACCAACAGUCAAGGAGUUUGUCUUGACGGGAAAUGAGUUAAUUUAAUGAUUAGUGGUAUUUGUUCUUUGUAAACAUCAUAUAUGUUUGUGAUAAUGAGUAUAAUUUAUUUAAUUCUAUUAUUAGUGUUUGUACUUUGUAUAACAUUGUAUAUGUGUAUGAUAAUGAGCAUAAAUCAUUUAAUUCUAUUGUUAGUGUUACUUUCACUUUUUUAUGAUCUUGUAUAUGUGCUGUGUGUAUGUGUGAAUUGUUUUUAUUUAAAAUGGAAACUUAUGAAAAUCCUUAAUUAUUUUUGUUUUAAAUGAAGACUUUUUGGUGAAGAAAAUUAAUGUAAAAUGAUUUUUUUUUGUUAUGACCCUGGACCUUUAUGAUAAUUAAUACUAUCACUUGCCAGUACAAUGAAAACGCUUGGAAAAUAAAAAAAAAAUGUAAAUAUAGAAAAAAAAGGAAAACUAAAUGAAAAUAAUGUUAGUACUUGCUCUAAACAACUUUAGACAUGAGAAAUUAUCUUCAAGAUAUGCUUAUCAUAUCUAAUUGUUGAAAGUUUUAAAUGUUACAAGGAAAACUGCUAAGAAAGUGCUUAUCAUUUGUACGAAGUCUUGUUAUGUUAUCGGUAUUGUGCUUGUACUAAUGAUCUCUUUUGAUAACCUAUACUAUACAACACCAAGUUUUUCUGGACAUUUGCAAUAAUUUGAAUUUAUUUUUGUCAUAUUUAAUAUUGGUUAAUUUUCAUUCUUAAUUCUGGCUAUUUUUAGCAUUUAUUUUGUAUCUUGUGAAAUAGUUUCCUCCCUCAGUUUCAUCAUUUAAGCAUUGAGCAGCAUAACAAAUCUGUUUAUUGAUGUCCGUAAUUGAUAAGGAAUUAGUCUGUUGAUCGAAAACUGAAGUGCAUUCUGAAUAAACCACGAGACAGCUUGUGUAAAUAAUACACUUCAGUUUUCAAUCUAUACAUCAAUAGACUAAUUCAUUAUCUAUUUUAUAGCUUAUGAUUUAAUUUCAAAGCUGAAAGAGAAAAAUAUGUAUAUUAGAAUAUGAUUAUUGUUUAAAUCAAAAUGUGAUUAUUAUCCUCUGAACCAAUGAUUUUGAUAUAGGCCAAAUAGGGAGUGUUUGAAAUUUUGUGUGUAUCAAUCGCCAGUUCAGUCUCAAUAUUAAGUAUAUGUAUGUGGUUGAGAUAUACAUCAACAACUGACAUCUCAAUGGCCCACCAUGUUUUUGUAAGGUAAUAACAGAGUCCUUGACAAGAUUGCAUAUAUACACAUAUAUGUCCCCUGAACUGAUGAUACCAUGAAAAAACCCCGAUCUUUGGCACGGAAACAUGAAAUAUUCAGGUGAAAUUUUGCUCUAAAUUCAUAGCCAUGAAGUUUAUUUCCAUAUUGCCAUAAAACUGCUACAGAUUUUUAAAGUUCAAUGGCCAUGAAAAUAUAUCAAAUUAAUAAGUUUUCUUUUUACGGUGUGUAGAAAUUUCCUGUCCUUGAAUUUAUCCAUUGGGCAGUUAAUAAAACUGUUAGUAAAUGCAAUUGGAUUGGAUUAAUUAAAUUGCUCCAUUUGAUUUAUCUAAAAAAAAAUAAACAGGUUACGCUGAAAUAAACACGUCUUGUUUACCACACAGCUGUUCAGGUAAAUCAAGAGACUGAUAAUAUAUAAUUAUAUACUGGUCUCUGGAUAAAUGUAGAUAGACGUUAAUGUUUACUUUGUUUGUUUUUUUUUUAAGUUAUUUGGAGUCAUUCCAGUUCUUUCUACAAAUCCUAAUUACUGAAUCCCAUCACUUCAAAAUCAGUGAUAUGUGCCAAAAUCUUCUUUUAAAUCAAUAAAAAUGAAUAAUUUAACAAUA